CCAUCCGUCAGUUAUAAACAAAAACGGGUGAAGUGAAGCUAGAGUUAUCUUCUUUUUUUUUUUCUACCAGACAAACUUGCGAAAUAUUUUUUUGGAGUAUUUUCUUUUGUUAAUUUUCGAAACAAUGCACAUUUUACUUUAAUUUGUUCAUUCAUUAAAAACUAUGGGCAGUCAUAUUAACACAGAUUACAACAUGGUCUCACAAUUAGCUUUACGAGUGGCUCUACAAACAAUGAAAGAACGUUGUUUGUCCUUGCAACAGAGACUUUCUGUUGUCGAAGAAGAAAAUGAAUCGUUACGUGGUCGUCUAGAAUCCGAUCAUCAAAAUCAUGAUGAUUGUUCAUCACUUCAACGAAAUAAAUCCACCACCACACCACAUAAUAGCAUUGAGCUAGACACUUUACGCUCCCAAGUGUCUGAGCUAAAUCGACAAAAAGUCCAACUAAGUGAUCAUAUUAAUAUGGUUGCCAAUGAAAACAGAAAACUAUGGUCCCGUUUAUCACAGAUAGCCAAAGAACAACAACAACAACAAGUCAGCAAUGAAGCUAAUGAAGCCAAUAAUGAGAAUUCAACUACUCCACAUUCCACUAGCGAUGAGCUGGACAGUCCAACAAAAACUAAUCAAAACUUGAUUCGUUCACGAACAUUCACACAACAUUCUCCCAAUCCUAAUUUGAGAUUGAAAGUUAUAGACUACGAAAACACCGAGAAAGACAACGAUGAGGUGCAUAGUCUGGAGGAAGUUGUACUUGUUGCUUCGGCAUCGGCUUCCGAUGAUGAUGAAGGUAGCAAUAGAGAACUAAAGUCAGAUGAUAUGAUGGGAGUGUGCGAAACAGAACUUGGAUUCACAUAUUUAAAUGUUCAUGCUGCUCCUGAUGAUGAUUUUAACAUUGAAGCUAAAAAGUGCCUAGAAGGUUUGCACAAAAUAAGGCUAGAGGUAAUGUCACAGCAAUUCGAUAUGACUUCAGCAAUGGAUGCGUUGGAAAAAAGAUUUGUUUUGCAGGAUUGUUCGGUUUGUGCUCAAAAACCUGAAAUGAUUGAUAAAAAUUUAGACACAGCUGAUAUCAUUCCUCCUGAAAUUCCUCAAUACCUUCAUCAUCAUCAUCAUGAAACUGAAUUUGAUGAUGACGACGAUGAGGAUGAUGAUGAGGAAGAUGAUGAAAAUGCCCAGGCGCUGCCACAUCAUGUUGAUUUCAUUCAACGCAAGUUGGAAGCAGAUAAAAAAAUCAAAGUGUGCCCAAUGUGUGGACUUAUAUUCGGUACUAAUGUGACUUUUGAUCAGUUCUGCAGUCACGUUGAAAGUCACUUUGUACAGGAGUCAUCCUCGGAUUCCGAACAGAAUUAUGAAUUUAUUGCGCACACUGUUGGGGAUUUCUGACGACGACGACGAAAUAAUAAAAUUUACUUUUCGAGCGAACUGUGAUCGAUUUGAAAAAAAGUCAUCGAAGCCUUCAGUUUGCUGUUAUGUUGAAUUCUUCUUAUUACUUUAUGUUAUCACUAUUUUAUCAUUACAAAAAAAAAUUAAUAAAUAUUCAUCAAACAUAA